AUGGCUAUUAUCGGUUUCUUAGGAACUGCGAUCUUUUAUACCUUAAGAAACGAUUUGAGCGUCUCGAUUGUUUGCAUGGUAAAUACGACUUCAACAGAAAAAGUUUCAAAAAGUGCAAUGUGCCCUGGUGAAAAUAAAACUACAGAGACUGAUACAACCAAUACCAUAAAUGGUCAUUUACAAUGGUCAAAAAGAGUUCAAGGUUCUAUAUUAAGUUCGUUUUAUUUGGGAUAUAUCGGGAGUCAGAUUCCAAGUGGAUAUUUAGCUGGUCGAUUCGGAGGCAAAAUCGUUAUCGCUUCAGGCGCAUUGAUAGGCGCUAUUCUAACAUUAUUAUCCCCAAGUGCAGCCAACAUAAACGCAUCUCUCUUCAUUGCUGUCCGAAUUUUAAUUGGCAUCACUCAAGUAUUAUUCUUUAAUUAUACAUAUAAAAUUAAAUUAGCUGAUGAGAAAAUCGUUUACACUCAUACAAUCGAUGAAUUAUUUAAUUGGCUUCGUCAAGGAGGAUUAUUGCCAUCAUUCCACACAAUUUGGUCAAGAUGGUCACCACCACUAGAGACAAGUCUUCUAACCGGAAUUAAUUAUGCCGGUGCACAAAUCGGAAACGUAGUAGUUAUGCCAAUAUCCGGAUUGCUGUGCAAAUAUGGCUUCGCUGGAGGAUGGCCAUCUAUUUAUUAUAUCUUAGGUUGCGUGGCGCUUUUGUGGCUUUUAAUUUGGCUCUAUUAUGCAUCAGAUACUCCAUCAACACACAAAAGAAUAAGUAAAGUUGAGCGGUCAUAUAUUAACGAAUCACUUCAAGCUAUUAUCAGUUCCAAUGAGGAAAAAAAACCUCCAGUACCAUGGCUGACGAUUAUAAGAUCAAAAGCAGUAUGGGGUGUAUGGUGUGGACAUUUUUCCGCCGAUUGGGGCGCAUAUAUGAUGAUGACAAGUCUUCCAUUAUUUAUGGAUGAUGUUCUUGGAUUCGACAUCACUGCGACAGGAUUCAUAGUAGCUUUACCAUAUAUCGCUUAUUUCUUUUGCAUAAAUAUUGCUGGAAUAAUUGCUGAUAAUCUUCGAAAUCGUUCAAUUUUAUCAACAGUUGCUACUCGACGUUUAGCGAUGAUCAUCGCUUUGGGUUCUCAAGCAAUCUUUCUUGUCGCGAGUGGCUAUUGUAAAUGUGGUCAACAAGUACUUGUUAUAAUAUUUCUGACAAUAGGUAUUGGCAUCUCCGGUGUAUCAUAUUCAGGCUUCCUUGUCAAUUACUUGGAUAUUGCACCAUUAUAUGCGGGUGAAAUUAUUGCAGUUGGUAAUACAUUAUCUUGCCUUGCGGGCAUACUUUGCCCAUUAGUCGCUGGAUGGUUAACACCAUCGGGUUCUCAAAAGGAAUGGCAAACUGUCUUUUGGGUAACAGCUGGUGUCCUCUUAUUGGGUACACUUAUUUUUGUCAUCCUUGUUGAAGGUGAAAUUUUGCCAUGGGCUAAAAUAGCACCGCAUCAAUCAAAAAGCAAAUUUAAUGAGUUGCUUUCUAAAAGUGAUUCUACUGAUAAAACCAAUGAAUCUACUACAAACGAAAAGGAUUCAACGUUAUCCGAAAAUAUCAAAUAUCCAUCAUCAUAG